AUGGAGCAAACUAGGCUGAGAAAGAAGAAUGAGGAAGAAAAGGUAAAGGAUGGGAAGCAAGAUAAGGUGAAGGGAAGGACAAAGAGCUCAUCCAUAGGUUACGUGAUGGAAGCUCUUGUGGAUAGGCUCGUCACAUGGCUAGAGAGGCCAGAUGUGGAGUCCAUGGGCAACCAAUAUGGGGUUGUAUCGACUUUCUUCUGCCAUAGUCUUUAUGCAGUCACCCCAGAUUUUCCACAUCUAUACACCUCUUUCAUACAAAAGCAUGUUGCCGCAAGGAAGAAUGUACUCCUUAUCCCGCUUGUGCGUCAUGACCACUGGCAUGUGGCUGAAGUAAGGUUGGAUGAGGACGUUGUCAAGCAUUAUAGCUCGGCUGGCCAUAGUGCAUACGUUGAGCCAGUAAAUAAAGUAAUUGCAUUCAUGGACCAUAUGAAGUCUGGUUUCGAUCCGAAUAAUAUUUGGAGAAAGUUCCGAUAUGAAGCCGUCCCUUGUGAGCAACAGACUGGAAUGUUAGUAUUUCAUGCAUUUAAACAUGUGUUAGCUAUAAUUCAUGGGGUAGAUACCACUCAAGUAACUAAUCACUCUGACGAGUCUGAAGUCAUCCGUGCCAGGCUUGCAGCUGAACUCCUAAUAGAAGGAUGGGAACAGAAAAAUCAAGGGGAGACAGUGGAAAAGGAUGGUUAUUCUACUGUUUGUGUAACUGGUUGA